UUGUGCUCCGGAAGAGGUUCGCAUUUGGAGUGGAGGUUCUGGUCUGCGCCUUACAAUUCGGAACCGGGUGUAGUACCCGGCUCUUCUCAGCGGUCGCGUCUUCACCCUCUUCCUCCUCUCCAGCCCACGUCGGCUCGGCUCCCGGCCGUGUCUAGACUCCAUGGCUCCUCGCGGGAAGAAGCGGAAGGCCGAGGCCGGGGUGAUCGCGACCGCGGAUAAGAAGGAGAAACUGGCGAACGGCCGGGAAGAAGUGGAAGAGGCGGUCGUCGUCAUUGAGCAUUGCACGAGCUGACGCGUCUACGGGCGCAACGCUGCGGCAGUGAGCCAGGCGCUGCGCCAGGAGGCCCCGGAGCUGCCAGUGAAGGUGAACCCGUCCAAGCCUCGCAGGGGAAGCUUCGAGGUGACGCUGCUGCGCCCGGACGGCAGCAGUUCCGAGCUGUGGACUGGAAUUAAGAAGGGGCCCCCACGCAAACUCAAAUUCCCUGAGCCUCAGGAGGUGGUGGAAGAGCUGAAGAAGCACCUUUCGUAGGGAGGUGUGGGAAGAAGUCCUCAUGCUGAGCUUUCAGUCCCUGGUGAUGUUGGAGCAUUUAUGAUGGGACAUGGCCAAACUUCAGUCAUGUACCUGAAGCCAUAGUUUCUUCCCCUCAAGAAAUGAUGGUUCAGUUGUGAGGCAUUCCCUCCAGUAAGGCAUUGUAAAAGUGUUUGGAUUUGGUUUGUUUAAUAAAAAUUGAAAUAAAGUA